GCCCGUUAAAAAAAAAUCCUAGAUUGUGCAGUUGUUUUGCGUACCUCAUCGGAUGUGCCCUGUGUCAAGUCUAAGGUUAUGUCGUUAGUGCGUGGGACGAGGUUUACCCCGUCCACCAGGAGCCAUGUUCAAGGUCACAGGAGUGUUUAGAUUGGAUUAAUGAGACGGAGGAUAGCUGUUGGAGAGGAUGGGACGGUGAAAGAAAGUGAAGAAUGGACCGACACGCCAUGGAAUCAAUUAUUUUUAACAACAUUUCAGGAACCUCUCGUGCAAUGAAAAUGAGCUUCUCGUGCUCCUCGCUGCAACGCUCUGCGGAUGGCCUGGAGUGUCAGGAGCACGCGAGGAUACGAGUCGAUCGACCUUACAAUAGUCUCACUAAGAAAAGGAAAGACCCGAACCAAGAAUAUUGCCAACGUACAUGGAUUAAUCGCGAUGACUGCAAAGAUGACUUCUGGGCAGCUAUUCGCUCAAAUUAUGACUACAUUAUGGACACUCAUCUUAUUGACAGUUGCAAGGAAGCCAAUGGAGAGCUCAUUUGGGAUGAGGGAGACGUAUCGACCCUCUCCUGGGGUCUCAAGGAGGUCAGCUGUCAAUUCUCAGAGCUCUACACAUGGCUGGGAGUUUUGCAGGAAUUGGUAUAUUCGAAGGAAGAGAAUCUCUUGGAUAAGAGCCUUCGUGCUACUCACAUGGAGGAGUUGCAACGUAAGGCGUAUAGGAGAAGACUGUUCAAUGAGCAGGCAGCAAAACUUGUAGCUCGUUCACCUUCGUUGAAAGACGAAGUUGCCUGGCGAGUUGAUCACCUCAAUGCCAAGUGGGAGCUUGUUGAGCAAAUAAUGGCACCUACACAACCGGCAUCCGAUCAGGACGUCUCAGCAGACUUCGAGCAUGAAGUUAAGUGUCUGAGGAAAUGGCUCAGAGAAAUGGAGUCUAGAUUACAGCCAUUAAGCUUCCGCAUUGACUGGACAAGGUCUGAACUUGAGGAGAAAGCAACUGAGCACAUGGUCCUGCAGAAAGACAUUGAGGCACAUGGUCGUAUUGUAAGUUCCGUGGUAAAGCUGAGUGAGCGUGUAUCGAAACAGCAGGAGAGUAGUGAAGUUGAUCAAGAUAAGGAAUCAUCAAAAAGUUGGCAAAACCGUGAGGUUGUUCAGGCGAUUCGAGUGGCAGGCUCCUUGGAGAGACGCUGGCAUCUUUUAUUUCUUCGAGCACUCGAGUGGCAGUGUCACAUUGAGACACUAGCAACUCGCCUCUGUAAUAAGAGUGUGGUAUCAUGUCGUUGCAGCAGCGACAGUGAUGAGGAACCGGUGACCAAGCAACCGAGAUUGAGCCGCAGGCAUUGCCGUGAAGCCGGAAGAGAAAAUACUGGACGAUCCGGGCGUAUGGGCCCACCAAGGCGAUUCACCUCGUCCAAACCUCGUAACCGUGAACCUGGAGUUUCAUCUAGCUGUGCAUCUGACAGCGAUAUGUCUUCUGGGUAUCAUCAUAACGAAGACGAAUCAUAUUUCGAGGACGAUCUGGAGCAGCUUUGCGUGACUGAAACGAAGAGCAAGGUCUCCCGAGGGGCAGAAAAACGGGAUACCGCCGUACAGGGUGAUCAAGGUGAGGAAGGUGAUAUAGAAGAAGGUGAAGCUAGUGACGACGAGAUGCCACCGACACUCGAUCCAGCGAUGGCAUCAGUAUCGGGCGAUGAGGUAGACGGCACACCUUCGAGGCACAAUGCAAGUUCACCCAGUCUCAAGGACACACCGAAACGCCGCAGAACCUUUGAUGAGAGUUCUAUUUUCAAUACAUCAGACAGGAAGUCGAAAAAUUGUGCCACCUUUUACUUUAAACAUCGCGAUACCGACUCUGAGGCCGAUUGUGGAACGCAAGAUAGUGAAAUGCAGAAUGGAAUUGAGGAUUCUUCGGAGGAAGAGUGGACUUACACUGCCUCUCCAACGGAUGAUUGCGAGAUUCGUUGUGAACACAUUAAAACUAAUGUUGUUGUGCGUUUGGAUUUCGGGGAGCCUGCUAAAGUCGAAAAAGUUGAUCACGUUGAAUUCAAACGGGAAAAUAUCAGAAAGACGACGAUCGAGGAGAUGAGGAUUCUCGAAGAGGAGGAAGAGGCGGUCCGAAUUAAAGAGGAUAAUGGCGAAAGUGAAGACGAAACCAAGAACGAUAUUCAGAAGCUAAUUUUGGAAGUUGAGAAGCUUGUCAGCGAGGAGGGAAGGAAGGGGAUUUCAACGAACCUCACGCCACUUAUUUUGAAUGACCAGGGACAAACCAACUACAGGGCUAAGUAUGCGAGGAUUAAGGAAUGGCUAAAACUUAAUUCGACUCACAAUCUUGAAGAGAGAUCCAACUCGCAGAGCUGGCAACCACUGGACAGCUGUGACGCGAGCGGUGAGUACACGACUGGCGAGUCUGACGUUGAAAAACAGUCAGUGUCCUCUGAGGAUCUUCACAGCAGUGUUGCAACGUAUCGUCGUUGCGAAGGUGGACUUGGCUGUGUGUCCCAGUCAGUUUCGCAGGAAAUAUACAACGAUAAUGAAAAAACUCUUGUAAAUGAGGGUAACAAUCAUGCUGAUGGCACACCAAAAGUUGUUAUGAGGACAAAGAGGAAGUCAGAUGGCAAACGACCAUGGAGCGUUUCCUGUGUAUUUGGACAAUUGAAUACUAACAAUGACACUGCGAUUUCACAAUUUUCAAUUUCGGAAACGGCACUUCAUCAAUUAGUUUCAUCGACACCGACGAAAGCAGUGUCCUUGGAUGCAACCGGCUCACGUGCGCCUUUCAACAACUCCACAUCGACCUUGCUAGAGGAGAAUGGACGAGUGGUCCGAAACAGUUCAAUGAGAAAAAAGAAGAGUCGUCUACGCAAAAAGACCUUGAGUCGCAAGAGUGAAUCGGGUUCUGACUGUAUGAACGCUAAUCACUCGGGUGGAAGUGACGCCAGUUCCACUCACCAGCGUUCAAACGCGAGAAAAUCACUCGAUGGUCGUACGAGAUGUGUGCCUAAAGAUUGUCACAAGUGCAUUGUGUCGUAUGUAACCUACGGUUCGACAAUUUCGUGUCGUUUGCACCAUGAAGCAACAGCGGAAAAAGUCAUUGUGACUGAUCCGCCGCCAUCCAUCAAACUCACCUGUUGCACACCAGAGCCGCCCUCACCAGUUGACACAGAGGAGAACAAUCGUGGACGUGGAAAUUACGAGGACAAUCUAUUUGACACUGUUUUCAAGAGAAACGAGCUCAUCAGUCCCAUCAAUGGGGACAGUGAUAUCGAAAAGAACAGCCUUGAGAAUAACUCAUUCUCAGAGCAGGCGUGGGAUAGUUAUCAGGAGAAGUAUAUGAGUGAGCCUUACAGUGAGGCUGCUGAUGUCGAGACAGCGAGGAAACUUCUCGAAUUUGGUGAUGAUUAUCGCAAUUUUUUGGAUAGCCAGUCGGACUGUGCGUCCAGUCUGGGUGCUGUGAGGAGUUGCUCGUCACCUAUUGCUGGCAGUCGACUCCCUUCUCAGGAUUUGAGAGAUUCAUCGGAGGACAGCGACAGCGAUGCAGAGGAACUGCGUAGAGUCGUUGAUAAGUCCUACAAAAAGUUACUAGUCAUGGAGAGCCACUUUGCUCGUGCCAAUGGCCUUAGGGCAACUAAAGACAAUAUGGAAGUCGAGUACGUGUGCAAGGAGAAUAUUCGAUGCCUGCAGGCAUUGGUAGAGCCGGACUGUCAGAGAGGCGAAAAGAGUGUGAAGCAAGUGCGAGGAUUAACCGAGAGAUGGGAGGAUUUGUCCCACAAAGUUGAGGAGGCGCAGCGAGCCAGUGUCCUCCAGAGAGAAUUGGCCGCUAUGCACUUGGAGUUCAGAGGAGCUUACGAGAGACUCAUUUCACAUGAAGUCGUUCUUGAGCCGGAUCACAUACUCGCUAAGCGUAUCAAUCAAAUCACGAGUGAGCUUGGCACACUGAGGGAACGCAAAAGCGCAAUGCUGGCGCUCAAUGUAUCAGCACACCGGUUGAUCACGGAUCUCGGGGCAGCUGCCACCUCAGUCUCUGUAUCUCUGAAGGAUGCCGUUGCUGAUUUGUACAGAGUGUGGGAUGAAGCCUUCCAGAGGGGAAACCAACAGUUGUGUGCACUCCAGGCUGUCCAACAAUUUAGUACUCGUCUCACUGAGCUCCAGAGUGCUCUCCAGAGAGACAAAGAUACCUUGGCAGUUCUGGAUGCAGCCCUACAGGCUGGUGCCACCUCAGAAGUUGCAUCCUCGGUUCGAGACGUCGCCAGGCUACUGUCGGAGAAACAGGAUGUGAACUCACAGAAUGCGUUAAAAGAGGAAACCCUGAUCGAAGGUAUCACAAAACAAUUCCCCGAGCCUGGCGUAAUGAGCCUCGGCCAAGAAGGUGGAACAUUCUCCGAUAGUGGUAUAUCGGACAGCGGAAGUGAGCAAGAGUUGAGCGAACGUGAACGUAGGCUUGCCGCACUACGACGACUGACCCGUAGCCUGGAGAGCCAAUUAGCUCCUGGCUCCGAUGCACUUAUGGGGCUGUGGAAGAGGGUAGAGGAUGCUGAGGCAGAAUUGAGGAGCCUUCAAAAGCAGUGUCGGGAGUUGAUUGUCAGGACUGCUGCAAGCGUCGAGGCCAAGGUUGCCAAUAGGAACACGCAGACCAAAUUUUCAGCAAGUAAACGUAAGAAAAGACUAGCUUCAACGAGCAGUGAUUUCCUUCAAAAGUCUAAGCAUGUAGCGGCAGAAGACGAUCCCGAAGAGGAUCCAAAUUUGCCAAAGAGUUGGGUCUGGAGAAUUCUCAGAGCAGCUUUGCCCUUCCAGUUGGCCAUCGUAGCACUUCUCUGUGCCGCGUGUCUCCUGGAGCCCCACUGCUGCGAGGCUGGUAACAGUCUCAAUCUAUCCCUUACACCUCAACUUCGUUAUGUCCGAGGACCACCUCCAGUCUAAGAGCAAUAACGUCUAAGCGUUUGCCGAAACGUUGAGAGUAUUUUUGAGCUGCUCGUGAGAGCUAGAGGAUCGAAGAGAUUUCGACAUCUUCGUCUGAUUCAAAGUGAUUAUCGUCAACAUCCUGUGACGGUAUUCCAAAUAGUACUUCAGGUAUCGAGUAAUUUUUUCGUAGAUUUUGCGUCUCAAUUGACCAAUUGAAGACAUUCAGACCACAAGAGGUAAGUGAAAAUGUUUAAUUCCCGUGAAUUCUGAUACAAUUACACGUGUGAAGACUAAACUUUUAUAAUAACCCGAGACUGAACGUAACAGGGUUACUACGUAUCUCGAAAGAGAAUAUUAAUAUUUAUCAAUAUUGAUAUCAGAAUAUUUUUCUCAUUUUAUAAAUGUAGAUAGGAAAAAGGAAUGCAUGAAUAAUCAAAAUUAUUUUCGUACGCAUAUAUUCCAGUGAUCUGAAUGUCGACUAGAGAAUUAUCAAGUUAUAGAUUUUUGCGCUGAAAUUUGAGAACGUGUCUUUUUAUAUAUAUUUUUUACUAGAGUGUGCCAAUAAUUCGUGAAGCCUGGUGUAUGAAUUUUCACAUGCGCCUGAUGGCCAUUUUUCUCAUCCUUUUUUUAUCCAUUUCUAUUUGUUAGAAAUACAGAGUUUUUACGUUAUGUUGCAUGCUGUAUGAUAAAUCAGGUGAAUAUUCUGAUGUCUUUUUAUAGUAUUUCUCGACAUCAGAUCGAUUAUUUUUACUGGAGAAUGAAAUAAAAUAAUAUGACAGAGUGUUUAUCAUCAUUAUUUAUAUAACAGUUAUAGAAAGAUUGUAUAUAUACCUGCCAUUAUUCAGUGGUAACAUUCAAGAGAAAUAUGGAAAAAUUAUGGGAAGGUACAUAUGAAAAGUAUUGUACUUUGAAGGAUGUGUUACUUUAACAAAUUUACAAAUGACUUUUUAUUCAGAAUCACUACCAAGUGCCCAGUAAAAACGUCCAAUAUUUAAUAUCCCACAAUAUUUAUAAUAUUAUGAUUCUUUCACGUGACUAGUCAUUGGACAAUUGAUAUAAUCGAUAUUGUUCCAGUUAUUAUUUUGUUUUUGCAAUAUGUCAAAUGUGUUAAAGUGCCUUGGGGAUGGAAAGUAGAGGAAGCAUUGAAUGAAUGAGUAAUAAGGAGAUAAGGUUCUUGGGUGAACAACUGGGGAAAUCUUUGUCGAAAAAUUCUCUUUGUGAGGAAUCUGAACUCUCGAAUGAUUUUCAUCAUAAUGACAAACGACUUGCAAAUGGCAAGAUGGAGAUCUGCAAACUAUCUGAUUCAGUUCAGAUAAUUCACAUGUUUCUUUCAUUAGUUAAAAUUUCCUGAACUUCAAAAAAGUGACUGGGCUCGAUUAAUCGUGAUUCGGGCUCAGGAAUAUAAAUUAUUUCAUAAAUAUACAAAAAUUUUGCUUUCGGCUCGGAUGAUGACCGCUGGAAGUACAUUGUGGACCCAAUGAUAUAACGCAUUAUUUUUCGUAUGUUUCCUUUCAAUUCGUCAUCUGAAAAAAAAUCACUCUGACUUAUCUCCUUAUUUAAGAAUAAAUUGUAUUUCAGUGAAGGAGAAUUUGUCCUUUGGCUAUCACCUGUAGCAAUAGAGUGCAUGAUUGAGAUCCUCCAAUAUUUUUAUUCAACCGAGGGUCUCUUAAAAAUUUAAGGGACAAACUGAGAAGAGAGUAAUGUAAAAUGAGAAAAGUUGAAAAAUAGUAUUUUUUAUGUGAAUACAUCAGUAAUCAAUAAAGUAAAUUUCGUGCUUCAUUAGCAUGGGAUAGAGGAGCUGGGUGAAACGAGUAAGAUAGAACGGUGUACUUAUGCAUGAAUACAACUGAAACGGUAAUAACUUAAUAUCAUGUUAAGAAAACUAUGAGAAGAAAAGUGGAUUGAAGGAAGAACCUAUAAGGCUAAGCUUGAUGGAAGAAACAGUGCCUGAGAAAUAGUUUUCCCCCCAACCUAACAUGAAGAAUGUAUUUUAAAGAGUAUUUGACAUUCUAGACAGCCUUAGUGCAUUAUCAUGCAAAGUAUAUUGCAUUUACUUGAGGAAUAUAAAAAUGAGGACUAGACCAUUUUUGGCGAUUUACUGCCUUACAUUAACACCAUGAUAAUGUGUAUAAAGUACCUGAACAUAAACACUAUUCAUCCAUGUUAUACUAGUUCAAUAAUAUUGGAUUAAUUAUACUAUUUGUACUCUGGUUUGAAUGGAACGGUUGUAAUGAGCUUUUUUGAAAUGUAUUUUAACGUGAGCUUGCAAUCCGUCAGUUCGUAAGUUAUACUGUGCUGAAUAAUCUAUAAUAUUUUGCAUGCAUUUUUCUCUUUUCAAUGGGUUAAAAAAGAGUGAAAAAAAAACAGAAAAAAAUGAAAAAAAAAAUUGUCAGAUGCUUAUAUAUGAUUAUUAGAGAAUAAUCUGCCUUAGAAUCAAGAGACUUGCAUUGUAGAAUUUUUUUAGCUCAGCAUUUGUAUCGAUCGAGAACACGAUUGUAGCUUCUAUUAUAAGAGAUAAUCUUACUUCCAUUUUAUAUGGUGGCAAAAAGUUGGAACAAAAUAUUAAGAGAAUAAGGCGAACAUUUUUUUAUAAAUUAUAUCUGAGAUCUUAUUGACUCAAACCUAAAUAAGGCCCAGUUGCUCAACACCACAGCCCAUGGGAAUUUAAUCAGACUUUUAAGAGUUCCCAGAAUUAUAUUCAUCAUCAGUGUCAUUCAUCAUUCGACGUAUUUGUAACGUUCCAUCCAUUAAUUUAACACAGUUCUGUACUAACAAAUGUACUGGUUAAGUAUUCUUAUCGAAUACGCAUUGUACUUCGGCAUUUUCGGAAAAUAAAGUAAAACAGAUUUUUCUUCUGGAA